GCAUGCAACAUAACAUUGACAGCGCAACUAGUUUGGUUUAGUCUGAAACUGCAGGAGCUACAGAUGCUUCGACGCUGGGUUAAUUCAGCUUAAGAACCUAGUCCGAUUACCAUGAAGACAAGAGGAGAAAUCCCUCCGUGUCCACCGCUGAGCAACUGAAGAAGAGAAACGCCGUGAAUGUGAAUGUUUCCUCAUGACAGCAGGAGUAACGUUAGAGAUGCGAGCGUUGCUCUCGUGGGCUCUGUCUUCAGGGCGAGAUAGCUAGACUUUUAUAAUCUUAUCUUUUAAGCCGUUUGUUAUUCCUCCAAUAAAGACCUGCGAGUGGGAUUUCCGUCGUAAGAUUAGACUUUUCUCCAGCUUGCUUCUUAUCAUGGAGACGUACACGGACGUCUUACUAGUCACUGCAAACGUUGGAUCACUGUUUGACAAUGUGGGUGAAAUUGAAGGAGACUGGCUGCGAGAGUUCUUCACGACGGUCCACAUGUACAAGCCACGCUUCGUCGCCCUGCACUUUCAGGAAGUUGGUGGAAAGGACUAUAUGAUGAACAUGGGCCACGCAGAGAACUUUUUCUGGACCAUAGAGUCCAGCUCUGAGAUGGCAGACUUCGACAGAGUCUGUGUCUAUGUAGACAGUCAUUUCAAGGCUGUGGACAGUUUCACGGCUCUGGGAAGCAUGUAUUUCAUCCACAAGUCACUGAAAAAUAUCCAACAAUAUGACUUCAAUGUGAAGGAGUUUAAAGCUGUCUCAGGCCAUAACAAGUACGUGGGCUCCCUGGAAGGAGUGACUACCAUGGAAAAAGAGAAAUUCCCCAAGAACUUUUGGCCUGAUUUCAAGUGGUCCAGAAAAGGCUACAUGAGGACACGAUGGAUCAUUCACAACCAGGGUUUAGACCUGGUGAAUGUCCACCUGUUUCACGACGCCUCCAACCUCAUAGCCUGCAACGCUAGUCCAUCAGUGUAUACCGCAAACCGCAAGAAAGCUCUCAGAUAUGUCAUCAACAGGAUAGAAGAUAACAGCUACAGUCCUCUUCCCUUCUUCCUGUUUGGGGAUUUCAAUUUCCGCCUUGACACACUCAGUCUAGUACAGAACCUCUCCAUGUCAGCUGAUAUCCAGACGGUAAAAAAAGACAGUAGCAACGAGGUAGAAAAAAUCAUUUGUGAAGAGAAAGACAAUGACCACCAGGUUCUCCUUCAUAUAGAGACCAAGUUAUUUGCUUACUUGCACCAGGCGGUGUUCAGAGAAAACAACGGAAAAGAGCUGCUGAAGUAUGAUAAGGAGAUCUCUGCGUUCCACGACGUCAUCACAGAGGAGGAUAUCCGCUUUCCUCCCAGUUACCCAUACAGUGAAGACUACACUAAACCUACACAGUACAUGAACACACGAUGCCCGGCAUGGUGUGACCGCAUCCUAAUGUCCCACAGCGCGGGAGACAUCAUUCACCGGAGGGAAGAGAGUGAGAGUGGUGUUGUUUAUAACACACUGGGCUCCAACAUCUGCAUGGGAGACCACAAGCCUGUUUUCCUGUUUUUUCCACUGAAGACAAUUGCACAUUGACACUAGGAGAGUCAAAGAGACUUCCUGUGUUGUUGACGUGUUCCUAGAGGUUAUUCUGUGGUCAUCUCUUCCGAUCAUGCCAGGGCUCUACAACAAGUACACACUCACUCUCACACACCGAGACAAUGAGAAAACCCCUACAGGACCCCCUGAAAUCUCCUGGCAAACUCAAGUGGGCACACAAUGUAAAGGACAAGAACUGUUCAUUUUCUGAUAGUUUUACUCUUAGUUUUACUUUCAUCAUAAUGCACAUUUAACAAAGACUUCAGGUUUGUUCAGUCAGCGUGACUUCAGAAAUCUCUGAACAAAGAAAAAUAGGACCAAGAGAAAGAACACAAAGACUUCUCGAAGCUCUCAACUCCUGACUUUUCACAAACAACUAAGCUUAAGACUUUGCAUAGAGUGGGAAUUACAACUCCAUUCGUUUGCUUUUACUCAUUGUAUGCGAAUGCAAGUACAAGUAUGCUGACAAUAGCACACCAUAUCCAAACGCAAGCUGCUGCGACGCACAAGCUUUGGUUGCUGUUUGACUCCUGAAUCUCUUU